CCGUUUCAGGAUCGUGACGUGGUGAUUGGUCAUAUUGAAGACUACUUGGUUAGUGUCAACAACAGUGUGAUAAAGCCACAUUACGGCUGCUUUAUAUGUCAACAAGUUUCAGUUGAUGUGGAAUAAACAGUUUAUUCGGUUGUUUGGACGGUAACCCAACGGUUUGCUGCUGAUUUGUCUGAUCAUCAGGGUGAUCGUAUCUGCUGUGACUGACUGACCAGGACUCUCACGGCGGCAGCAUGAAGCUCUACAGCAUCAGCAUCCACCACAAAGGAGGGACCAAAGCCAACCUCCUCAAAUCGGCCUACGACCUCUCCUCCUUCAGCUUCUUUCAGCGCUCCAGUGUUCAGGAGUUCAUGACCUUCACCAGUGCCUUGAUUGUUGAACGGUCAUCACAAGGAAGUCGUGCCUCUAUCAAAGAGCAAGAGUACCUGUGCCAUGUGUAUGUAAGAAAUGACAACCUGAGUGCUGUGGUCAUCGCAGAUACUGAAUACCCACAGAGAGUCUGUUUCACAUUGCUAGACAAGGUAUUAGAAGAGUUCUCCAGGCAAGUGGACAGUAUAGAAUGGCCCUCUGGUAAUCCUGACACCAUAAACUACAAAGCCUUGGAUAUUCACCUUUCUAAAUACCAGAACCCCAAAGAAGCAGAUGCAAUGACCAAAGUGCAGGCAGAGCUGGAUGAGACAAAGAUCAUUUUGCACAACACCAUGGAAAGUCUUUUGGAGAGAGGAGAGAAAUUGGAUGAUCUUGUGGCAAAGUCGGAGCACCUUGGAAACCAAUCCAAAGCCUUCUACAAGACUGCACGGAAACAGAACUCCUGCUGUGAAAUCAUGUGAUGCCGCUGCCUCGUCCUCGAGGACACGCCUCUCUCUGCCUUUCUGAUUUUCCUACAACUCCCACCAGCCACCAGCCACCAGCUCUCAACACAAAGGACAGAAAGGACGCUUUCAUCCGGGUCAGGAGGUUAGGAUAACAGCAUGAAAAGGUGGAAAUAUGACCUGUCCAGACUGAGACUGAUGGGGGCUGAAGUGUUGGGGUUUGGUCUGGGGAAGAAGUAACAUUUGAUUUUUUUUUUUUACCCCUCAAAGGGUAAACAUCUUGUGGUGUUUCAAUACCAGCUGCAGACAUAAUAGUGUGACGUUGUGUAUCGGUGAUGUAUUGUAUAAACGUCCUCAAACCAUUUAAUGUUAUCAGAUUGAAACGAAUCCUCAUAGUUUGAAUUCAAUUAUUAAAAUUCUUAACCACAAUUGUGCUUCUGCUUCAAAACAACUCUGACAAUCACAAAGUCUUAUGUAGUGAUUUCUAAAGAUGCGUCACCGUUAAACCGUUUUUUCUUGCAGGCAUAACCUUUGUUGCCCACUAGGUGGCCCUGUUUAUUUACUUGUAUUCCUCCAAUGAGCCUCAGUAUCGAGGUCAAUUUAAAAACUCUAAAGUGAGCCAGGACAACGGGUGGCUGCUUGGAUGUGUGAUAUCAGAAUCUCACAGAAUUUUACAAUGAUUUUGAAAAUGUAUUCUACUGGAUUAAGUUACAUGAUUUCUUUGAUUUUUCUCUGUCUCAUAGUGUUAAAUGAAACUUUAAACAUUCCCACUUUGGGUGAGUGCGUAAUGAAUGAUGGUGCAUCUUAAAGCUGUUAGGAAGGGAGGAAAGAUGCUUUCUUCAUAAAUGCAGCUUGCGGCUAACAUGCAACCCUGUGUGCUGUUGUAAAAAUGAUGUGUUCUCACGAAAAGGACAGCACAACAAGCUGUUCUACUUAACAUACUGUAGCCAUGCUUUUCACUAAGUUAACCGCCAAAUGCAACACUUUUUUUAGAGUUCAAGAGCACACUCAGACCUCUGCAGGGGGGGGCCGUCUGUUCCUCUCAAACCCUGGAUCUAUUUACCAUCACUUAUUGUGAUUCUGAGAAACCUCGACUGCUGAUGCACUCUCUGACUUCUUAUUGUUGAAUGUCUGAAAAAUGGUCAGACAAAUUGGAGGAUUUCACAUCCAACUCAUAUUUUAACACACUCCACAAUUUACUUCCUAAUUUUCUUAUUUUUACUGACAGCACUGCUUACUUUGUAUGCAGAAAUGUCUCUUCAGGAACUGCUGAUCAGUUUAGAGAUAGAGAUGCCUUGGGUUUUGUAUUUGUAUAUGUUUCACUGCUCUCUUUCAGCUGUGUGUGUAUGAUUUGUUGAUAUACAACAUAUGCAGGCUGUAUUGGUGUUGAGUGCCUGUGUGAGGACUGGUGUGUAUUUGUGUGUGUGAUCUGAAUUGCUCUUUCUGCUUUUACAGUGUAAACGUUUGUGCAAUAUCUGCAGACUGAUGGUAUAUUUCUCUUAAAGUGGAAAGGAUACAUUUAAAUAAUUUCUCAUAGAGGAAGGUGAAUUAACCUUUGAAUAUGCUUUGUCCUUAUCACUAACUCCCAUGUGAAGCGUGUCGAGGGAUGUUCCUAAGAUUUGAUUAACUGCUUUUUUUUUCAAAAUGUCCUCAAUUCAUGUGCUAAAUUUGAACAUCUGUGUGUAACAGUCCACAUUAAAUGUUUUGAUUCUGAUGUGGUCUGCAAAAUUAAAACCAAGACUUCAGAUAAACUGUUA